AUGGCCAAGUUAGGGUAUGUGAUGUUAUUAGUACUAGUAUGCUCUGUUUACAUUACUAGUGCACGUAAUGUCCCUGUAGAUUCAUCAUCAGUAGUUGUUAAGCAUCACAAGUCUACAACCAAGUCAGCUGCAGUAGGCGUGGAUGAUCAGAAGAAUUUUGUCAAAUACGGUGGUAUAGGUGGCUACGCAGGUAUUGGGGGAUUCGCUGGUGUUGGUGGUGCUCUAGGGGGUGUUGGUGCAGCUGGUGGAGUAGGUGCAGCAGGGGGUGUUGGUGGUAUCGGGGGUAUUGGUGGUGCAGCAGGCGGGCUUGGUGGCUUGGGAGGUGGUAGUGGUCUCGGCGGUGGCAGUGGUCUUGGUGGGCUAGGCGGUUUGGGAGGUGGAAGCGGUCUUGGUGGUGCUGGCGGUAGUGCAGGUGCGGGUGGUGGUGCAGGAUGUGCGGAUGGUAGUGGUGUUCAUACUCUACCAUAA